AUGGCGUCUCAUCUCGCAAAUAUCUUCGGAACAGAGCAAGAUCGCGUUAACUGUUCUUUCUACUACAAAAUAGGUGCCUGCCGACAUGGUGAUAGGUGCUCUAGGAAACACAUUCGGCCCCCAUUUUCCCAAACAAUUCUUCUGCCCAAUGUCUAUCACAACCCUGCUCAUGACCCCGUCUGCAAAUUGACGGAGAAGGAACUUCAAGAGGGCUUUGAUGCCGUUUAUGAAGAUCUGUACUGUGAACUUUCGAAGUUUGGACAUCUUCUGGAGUUGCAUGUAUGUGACAACGUAGGGGAUCAUCUUAUUGGCAAUGUCUACGCUCGAUUUGAGUGGGAGACCGAGGCCCAGGCAGCUGUUGAUAAUCUGAAUGAUCGUUGGUACGCAGGACGGCCGCUGUAUGCAGAGUUAUCACCGGUCACAGAUUUCCGCGAAGCUUGUUGCCGUCAAAAUGAAAACGGAGAAUGCAAUCGUGGGGGCUUUUGCAACUUCAUGCACUUGCGGCUUGCUUCGAAAGAACUGGUGUCUAGUUUGCGGGCGGGCCAAAGGUUGGAAAGAAGGCUGCACCCACCGAAAACCGAGAGUGGCGGAGGAUGGGAGCCCAGCAACAGAAAACGUGAGGGCGGUCGCGGCAGAAGCGCGAGUCCGACUAGGAAUGGGGGGGAAGACAGAUGGACGAGAAAAUGA